AUGGUAGUGGUCCAAGAGGAUCAAAGCUGCAAGAGAAUAAACAGUGAAGUACAGAGAAUUGGAAGGAUCUUGGAUUUGACUGAAGAUGCUUGGCGAGAAGACAAGCUGCCUCAUGAGGAUGUUGUAAUACCUCUGAAUGAGCUUCGUGAACCUGAACGGGACAAAGGAGGCACCAUGGAAUCUGUUAAAGAACAAGAGAUGAAGUGGACCGACUUGGCCUUCCAGUACCUCCGUGAGAAUGUUCCUCCCAUAGGAAACUGACACCUGGAUCCUUGUUCAAGAACAUCUGGCCCUUUGAACCUAAAGUUCUUCAUUAACUAGCUUGUGUUUGAACAUGAUUCAUUAAACAGUUGCCUUAAAAAAAAAUGCCAUAAAGCUUUUCAACCAUUUGUUUUUGUUAAAAUUUUUUCUAGUAUUUUUUGAGAUAUAACUGACUACUAUGUAAGUUAUAGCUUAAUAGUUUUACUUUCAUGUGUUGAAAUGAUUAUCAGCAUUUUUCAGUUCAGUUGCUCAGUCACAUCCAACUCUUUGUGACCCCA